AUGGACGCUUUCAAAAAUUUUCUCAAAAAGAAGAAAGUUGAGAAACAUUUCAAGAAAUCGGGCCCCGGUCAAAAGCUUGAUACUGGUUCGAGCGCGCCAGCUCCAAGCAUACAUGCUGGUGCAGCGCAGGGUGGCGGAAUUGAUCGUAUCGCUGCUGCCGACAUUGCUGCGCAAGCUGCUAUGAAAAGACUCUACAAGGAGCCUCCUAAAAUUAGUGCUGGCCAGAAGAAAAUACAGAUGAUCGUGGGUUUUUUGAUCUUCUUGUGUCAUUUCAUCGUUUGAAA